CUUGUUUUUGCCGGCGGAGCGGAGGAAGGAGGUGAUGGUGAUGGAGGGAGGAGGAGGAAGAGGAGGGCUGAUGUGUGCUGAUCAGCAGCAGCAGGUCUGAUGAUGAUGAUGAUGAUGAUGGUGAUGAUGAUGAUGAUGAUGGUGAUGAUGAUGAUGAUGAUGAUGCUGUGAGUCAGAGAGCGGAGGGUUCAGGAUGCUCACAGCCGCUCCGGAGUAGACAAACCCCGCACACGGACAGAGCGAGGAGCCGCCGGAGGAGACACGCACACAGGUCAGCUAUCCAGAGCAGCAGGUGGACUCCAACUCCUACAAUGCCGGAGCAGAGUAACGACUACCGGGUGGUGGUGUUCGGAGCUGGUGGGGUGGGAAAGAGCUCACUGGUCCUUCGGUUUGUCAAAGGUACCUUUAGAGACAUCUACAUCCCCACGGUGGAGGACACAUACAGACAGGUGAUCAGCUGUGAUAAGAGCGUCUGCACGCUGCAGAUCACUGACACAACAGGAAGUCACCAGUUUCCCGCCAUGCAGCGUCUUUCCAUCUCCAAGGGCCACGCCUUCAUCCUGGUCUUCUCCAUCACCAGCCGCCAGUCACUGGAGGAGCUCAAACCCAUUUACCAACAGGUCCUGGCUAUCAAGGGCACUGUGGAAUCCAUUCCCAUCAUGCUCGUGGGCAACAAAAGUGACGAGACAGCCCAGCGUGAAGUGGAGACAAAGGAGGCCGAGGCUCAGGCUGCCGCCUGGAAGUGUGCCUUCAUGGAGACAUCGGCCAAGACGAACUCCAACGUGAAGGAACUGUUCCAGGAGCUGCUGUCCCUGGAGAAGAAGAGGGACAUGAGCCUGAGCAUCGACGGCAAGCGCUCGGGCAAACAGAAACGCGCCGACAAGCUGAAGGGAAAGUGCAGUAUUAUGUAGAGCGAGCGGCGGGGGACUCACUGUAGAGAUGAGGAAACAGCAGAGGAGGCAGGAGGGGGGAGGGAAAGAGACUCCCCCUCCCAUCUUUCCCCAGCUCUGCAUCACAGAGGAUGGGUCUUCUUCUUUGGUGGCUCUCGUCCUCCGUCUGUCUGAACACUGAAGCCCAGAGGAACAAAACGAUAAGACCGACUGAUAAUGUAAACUUUAUUUAUACCAGGGCCUCGGGCUCCUCCUAGCCCUGAACUGGAUCGUAUUCGUGGCCCCAAAAAAACAUAUACAGACCCAUCUAACUGCUGCCACCAUUAGCCAUCACACAAAUGUUAUUAUCAAGGAAUACUCCACUGAUUCUCCUGUGAAAGUUAGAGCUGAUUUUCGGCCGAGCCAUGAAGGCAACUUGUAUUUAUAGAAGCAAAGAAAAAGAGUAAAUUUUUCUGUUCAGAUUUGAGCCCUGUUUGUUUCAGCACUUCCUACAAUACCCAGGAUUCAUAGCAAACUCUGAAAGGAAGUUAAAGUUUUUCCCAGGUCUGACAGACUCAAACUCAGCCAGUGCCCGAGUCUUUAAAGGAAAACUUUGCUGUUUUUCAACCAGCUCUGUGUUAUUGCAUUGUGUGCAGAUAAACUGCUUCCCUCCUCGCAACAAGGACCCAAAAAUCCCCGCCGAGCCGCUGGCACAAGUCUGUUAGCCAAAACCUUUGGUCAGCGAUGAGUUUUCACCACAUGUUGGUUGUGUGUGUCAAACAGAUACAAUAUGGCUGAAAAACAGUGAAGUAUUCCUCGAUCUAAUAAGAGUGACAUUUCCAUUAUGACUCUGUUCUUGGUGGUUGUAACCACCAAGAACAGGAUGUUUCCUGCCGUCAUUAGAGGAACGUCUACGUCCAAGCUAACGGCCUUUACCCUCCACAUAAACACAGUACAGGUGGUCUAAUGAGAAAACAGCAGACACUCUUUAAACAUCAGGAAACUCCUGAAGGCUUCGGUGAUUUCCACAAGCACAAGCUGACCUUUCACUCUGUGUUCAUCUCUUUCAGACUCACUGUCACACAGCAUCCGUUAGCAUGACCGAGUAGCUGCUGAUGGAGCAGCUGAGCGAACUGUGCAUAUGGUUUAAAGGAACAGUACAACACUUUGACAAUCAGCUCCAGAGUCAGCUGUUUCAGCUGCCAUAUCAUUUUAUCUCUGUGUGUCCAGGACAGAACAACUUAGCUUAGCUCCAUAAAAACAAACAAAAAAAUUCACUGGAAAAAAAAUCAGAUUUACACAAUGUCAUUAAAGCCAUCCCUGAAUUUUCGCCUGAAUUAAUAUUGAAAAGGUCUUUUUAAAAAAGGUAUACAUUUAUGAGAGGCUCUUGUAUAUCAGUAAAGUCCUCUGCUGGGGAACCAGACAGAUCUGCACGAUCAUGUUUUAUUUUCUCUGGAACAUACAUCUGGUGUAUAGUUGCAAAGCUGACACUGACACAGCAGGCACCACCAGGAGUGGAGCCUGCGGCUUAAUUUGACUCAACUCGGGAACCCUCAGCCGGCCCUGACACAGAAGGAUUGACAGAUUGAUAGCUCUGUCUGGACUCUGUGGGUGGUGGUGCAUGGCCGUCAUUAGUUGGUGGAGCGAUUCGUCUGCUUAAUUCCAAUAAUGAACGAGACUGUGACAUGCUAAUCAGCUAUGUGGUCUUGUGCAGCCGGCGUUCAACUUCUUAGAGGGACAAGUGGCGUUCAACCACACGAGACUGAGCACUAACAGGUCUGUGAUGCCCUGAGAUGUCUGAGGCUGCACGCGCACCACACUGAGUGGUCUACCCUUCACCGCGAGGCACGGGUACCUGCUGAACCCCACUGUGAUGUGUUUCCAGGUGUUGGAGUUGUACUGCAUUUGUUUCAAGUCAUUAUGAAGCCUUUAGUGUCUCCACAGAGAGCUGUGUGAAGUCUGAUAAAAGUCCUCAGGUGAUGUCACUCGAGUCAGUGUUGGUUAAAGACUAGAGCUGGGCGUUAGAAAGAAGUGAUCUUACCAGACGUCUAAACUCUGCUGCAGGAUACUUUAGCUGCUACUAGCCUAACACACCACAAUCCACCACACAGCUAUCAGAGGAAGAGUUGCAUUAUGGGUAAUGUAGGCAGUGCCUUGUCAUCUGUCCAGCGGCCCAUUAGGAAAACCUCAAUAAGCCUGGUACCAAACAAACACCCAUUACUCCUAAACGACACUCCCCCUGCAGGCAGACAGAGUCAUGAGCUGCAGUCCUCGUAAUGUUUCUCUUUCCCCCGGUCGACUGGGAGCAUCUGUGUGUACGACUGUCGGCACGGCGGAUGUGCUCAAACAUGCUGCUCCUCAGCUGUGACACAAGUUCUCUCAUCAGUUGUCAGAAGCUUCAGUUCAGUUCUGCAGCACAAAGCUUUCUCUUUUCCAUGCAGGUCAGACUCGGAGCUGUCGGCCGAGUUUUUCUUUUUUUUGAUGGAGCUAGGACAGUUCAGGACUCCACCAGCAAACUGGAUCACAGAGGUGGUGAUUGCUGCUCUCCAUGGCCUUCGCUGAUGUAGUGCCACUGCUGGUGUUCCCUGCAGCUCAAUAAGAUGAUAUUUCAUAUUAAUAUUACACCCUUUUUGUGCUGAAUCUUCUGCAGAAUCAAAGCAAAGGAGGAUUUCUAAGUGUUGGACUGUUCCUUUUACUAAACAGGAGAGAGGACUGAACAUUGUGUGAGCAGCCGCUGUAUAUUUGAAAUGCCUUUCGUCCCACUUUACUUGACAGUUUGUUAUAUUCUCUGAACAUAAGUGAGCUUAAAAGUUAACGAAGCACAAACACAACAAACUCAAGUCGGAAAGCAACGAGCCCAUGAGCACACCUCGUUCAUCCUGCAGAACAUCUGUUCAGUUAUUAUUCACCCGUCAGUGAGUCCAUGCUCAUCACAUUUAUGCACCUUUGAAAAAUGCUCCAUGUGUUUUUUUUUCACUGUAAAAAGUGUUUUGACAUGUUUUGUGAGUGAGGCGUCGCCACGUCCGACCUGUUGCAUCACUCAGCUGCAGCAAUAUUAAAAAUGCCCACACUUUGUACGUAGGGGGCGCCGGGGCUUUCUGAAUUCUAACCUGAACUUCAUUUAGUUUAGUUUCAUAAGUGUGAGAUUUAAAGGAACUAUGUCGCUCUCCUGCAGAGCUGUGUUGUGCUUUGUUUUAGGGAUCCAGACUUUUUUGACUGUCGUCGCCAGAGAGAUUAGACCAAAUGCCUAAAUGCCAAAAGCCUCUUAUUUCCUACACAAAAAACAACAUCAGUUUCUUUUAACCAUGAGCUCCCUGUUUCCCCAAAUGUACGAAUAAUUUUGUUCCAUAUUGUAAUAAGGGACUGUUCCUUACUUUUGAGAGGGGAGGAGGUCGUGCAAAAAGGGGGAGGCAUGUGAAAUAGUAGGCAUACAAAUGUAAGUUCUUUUUAUUUUGAUUGAUUUAACCGCUGAUUUAAAAACAAACAAACUUUGAAAGAAAACAUUCCUUUAAAAAUCACCAAAAUGACAUUUAUCAGCCAGAAACUGUAAAAACAGAAAUUAUUGUUGGAUUUUCAAAUUCAUGUGUCAUUAGACACAUCAUGUGCAAUAAACACUUCUGUCAGAUGAAAAACAUAAUCAAGUCUGAUCUUAAAAUAGUGGUAUUUCAUCAAAAUCACUUAAAAAAUAAACCUUUUGCAUGACAAGAGCAAAAAACUGAGGCUUUUUCCAACUUUUGUCUUCAAAUUUAACUUUCAAACAUCAAAGGGUAAGUUUUAGAAAUCUAACAACUCAUUUAUGGUGCAGGGAGGGUCAUGGGUUUUCCUCCAGUCACUCAGGGAGGGUCAAGGAAAACAUUUGUAGCUUCAGGGAGGGUAAAAAAGACCCCUUCAAACAAACAAACAAACAAACAAACAAACAAACAAACAAGGAAGUUGCACCCCAGCCACCCUCCUCCUCUGAUAAGUAAAGAACAGUGCCUAAUGAACAGUUUUGUAAUGGUCCUUUAUGCUUUCAUGUCAUUCAGAGAUCUGCGCUGUCAUAUAAAUUAAUAUUAUAAAUAUAACAUAAUUUCUAUCAAGUUUCCUUUUGUGUAAUUUGAUGCCAGUCAUGGGCAAAGAACACAAAGGCUGAAGUUAGUUAAGUUUGUAAGCUGUUGUUUAUUUGCACAGAAAUGUCCUUGAUGAAAAACUGCUCCAUUUAUAACAAUGAUCGCAACUUUAUUUCCAUAGCAGCUUUCAAAACAAAUGAAAACAUAAGAACCAAAAUGUAAAAUAUCAAACAAGAUAAAAUAAUUUAAACAAUUGCAACAAAUCAGUCAGUAAAGAAAAAUUGAGAAGAUAAAAGUGGGUUUUAAAAAGAGAUUUAAAUGGCAGGUAACCAGUGAAGGGUCAGUGUGAUGGUCUCGCCUCUUAAUAAUAAAAAGUUAUUAAAUUAAAUUCUCUUGAAUAAAGUGCUUUGUGAGUGUGGACACAUAAAACAUGGAUGAAUCUUUUCUAGAUCUACAAAUGGCCCACAGUGGCAUUUUGUCCCUGUAGCAAUGAAAAUUGAUGCAUGAUUUGCCCCGUAGUAAAUAAGAGGGGGCCCAGAAUAGACCCCUGGGGGACCCCACAAAAGAUUCAUUACUCAUGUAGGCUAUUAUUUGAAAAUGUUUUUCUUAUAAACUGUAUGUUAAACUGUGGAUUUGCUACCAAGUGAAAUCCCAGAGGAAAAUUAUGUUGAUCACAACAAACAGUCUUUUCUUUGUCUCAUCAGAACUAAAUCAGCUUCAUAUUUGGAGAUGACUAAAUUCUGAUCCGAUUUCCCCAAGGAGAAAUAAGGAGCAAAAGAAUAAAUCAGCAGGAGCUCUUGUGCUGAGCUCAGUCUUCUCAGAGGUUUCUCAACUCUGAUGACAGAUCAAAUACAGAGUUGAGACUUGAAUCUGAUCGCUGAGACAAAUUUCUGAAAUACUGCAGUGCAAUUAAGAUUUCUUUUGGAUCUUACUGUUUUGUCGAGCUGAUAAUUUCAGAUGGAUAAAGAGGACUGCAGUCAGAGAGGAAAAAGAUUAGGAUCAGGCUGAGACAAGAGGAAGGCUGUUUCUCAGGAGCUAAAUGUAAGACGUAUGAGAAAAUGGUCCACAUGAUACAUUCAUGUUAUACUGAGCUCAGUUAUGUCGAGGAGAAACAGAGAUCUUAGUGUGAAUUUUUCCUUUCCUCUGGAGUGUCCUGUCUCAGUUCAGGUGAACACAGACACACCUGCAGAGCAGGAGUCGUGGCUGAGAACACAUCAAACACAUGCGUCAGGACUCGGUCGCUCCAGGAUUUCAAACUGAAACAUUUCUUUUGCUAGUUGGCACGGAGCGUCCUCAGAGAGCUGCUGUGAGUUGGUGGAGCUAACGUGUUCCUGGCUGACCAGCUUAGAAGAUGAACGAAUAAUCACACAACAGAAACAAAAGCAUCCAGUCACAUUGUCUUUUGACCAGUUUCUAAACAUUUGGUUAAAAUUUGCAUUAAAACAUUGGGCUGAAACUUGACUCAUGAGAAUCUGGCAGUGAGCUGCAGCCUCCGGACUGCAUUCAUUUAUACUGUGGGGCUGGAUGAAGCUCAGGUGUGUCCUGAUGAGGUAAUGAGUGACAGGUGUGCAGGGCAGGUGAGCUCAGGUGACUGACGAGGGUGGGAAAGAUCACAUUUUAAGAUUAAUUUACCUUUCCAGUUGCACUUUUUUGUAAAAGUUAUCCUCCCACAUUAUGAUUCAACAGGUUUGUAAUUCAGAUGAAGAACAUUUGAUAAUUUUAAUUUAUUAUAUGUCAUUUAUUUAAAUCAAACUUGAGGAUAUUUCAUUGGACAAAACCUCAGAAUCAGAAACCAGUGUGAUAAAAACAGCAGAGACACAUGGCUGAAGGUUGUUUUUAUCCUCCUCAGAUAUAUUUUGCCCAAAGUGUCGAGUCCCAGCGACGCUCUUUGUUCUGUGGCUUCACUUUUGUUUGGAGGAUCAAUGGAAGCAAGAGGGUGACUGAAUAAAAACAGCGCUGUUGUACAGAAAAUGUCUUUGUUUCUUUAAUACUCAGCUGAUGAAAACCUGUUCGACCAACAUUGUUAUAUUCACACAUUCCAGAUACAACUGAAAAUAAGUCCAUUCUUUCAUUUGCAAGUAAUAACAAAUGAAAGAAUUAAAAAAUAAUAAUAAUAUUAAUAAAAUGGCUUAAUCAAAGCUAAACACCUGGCUG